AUGGAGAAAAAGACCCAGAAGCGGAGCUCGUCCGUGCAGCGAGCGCCCUCGCGCUCGAGGGACCUAUAUGAUCCCAAGGGGUCUCCCUCCACACGAAGCGUCGCGACUCAGAAACGCUCGAGCAGUACGAGCCGUUCGGAUCGAGUACAGCACCCAACUCUGACUCGUGUCAAGGGCCGAAUCAAUAUGUAUACUCCGCCGCGGAACAGGGCUGAAAUGUCCUGGCUGAAUGACCAGUCUCCGGUGCAGAGUGGUGUGAGGACGCCUUCGGAACAAUACAGUGCGACUCACCAUCGACCGGAUGAUAAAGCCGAUGCUAACCCUCGGCAUUCCGUAGGGACACCAGAGAGUGGUACUCCUACUCUGGUCAACCCCACUUCCAGUCUUUUGCAGGAUUUGCUGAAAGAAGAACGAGCUCAACGUGGCUCUCGAGGAGCCCCUUCAGAACAUUCCGUUGACAGUGCUCCUCACACACCAGAGAGAGGUCGGAGCCAAGGAGAGACCGGUCUUGAAAAAGGACGUAAGGCCUCAGAGGUGUCAACUGCUAUGUCCCGUGCACCGCCUGAGAUGGGUAUGCGCGAAAUGGAUCAGUACGUCUCUAAGAUGACCAAGUUGAAUUUCGACCUGAAGCUGGAAAUAUUCCAUCGGACGCAGCAAGUGGGCAUUCUAGAGAAGAAGGUUCAACGAAUGGAAGAGAUGGAGGAAGAAUUACAGCGACUUCGUAAAUUAGAGGAGGAAGUGGUCGAACUUCGCGAUUGUCAUAAGCGGAACAGCGAGUUGGAAGCAAAGAACCAAAAGCUACAGCAUGACCUUUCGACAAAAGACAAAGCGAUCUCCGAGGCAGUCGAGUGGAUCUGCAAACUCGAAGCUGAGAACGACCGACUCAAAAUGAGCAGCCAGGCUUCUCAGAUAUCGCUGAAUCGACAGGUUUUGGACGGUCCGAAUGCAUCGCCACUGAGCCGAGCUUCGAUUGACAUCCCCCAGAGAAGAUCGUCCCGGCGAGGGAUGGCAGCCAUGACUUCUCCCCGGCCUGAUAGCAGUGAUUCUCGACAUCUGAGCGUCGUACCCUCAUUCCUGCGGUCUGACAAUCGGAGCACUGCUACCCUACGAAGCCUAUACGCUCCAGAUACUAAUAAGUCACACUCCGCUUUAAGUCAGUUGACCAACACGGAAAGCUUCCACAGCAUGAACGAAGCUAUCGAGCCCGAGUCUCCCAGGCUGAGCGUCCUCAGCGAGUGCAGUGAACUGAAUCCAUUCGAUACGCCCUCAAGGCAGGACGGCUUUGAUAAAUUGAAGAUUCCGAUCCGCAAGGCUUCCUCGAUUGCGGCAAGCGCGGUCAGCUCUACCCUCGAACAAGAGGAGAGCAAAGACACACGUAUCGACCGCUGGAUGCAGGCUCCUGCAGAGUUCCCUGAUACAGUUAUCCGAAAGCGUCAGCAUCGAUCGAUGUCAGAAGCCUCAAGACACGAUCUCCCGGUCUUGGUUCAGGACCUAUAUUCCAAUAAACCCCGUGGUCGCCCACGCCUUGAUACUUCUUUGUUCGGAGGUGCCAAACUGCCUCCGACUCCCGAUACAAUGAGCACGGCAUAUGUAGCGGCACACAAUGGUUCAGAUGGAAGUAUUGCCGCGGACAAGAGCCCCAAGUUCGACCACCAUCAGUGGUUUUCUACCCGACCUCUCGAACGCCGUCGGUCUGCCGACGAAGUAGCGACCCAGCGCAGCUUCAAUGGCAGUGACAUCACGAACAGUAUGCAAACCAACUGCAGCGAUACGCCUCGCCUUGGAGCCGAGUCGCAAUCUCCCACAAUUUUCCCCUUCAACACUGUGGCUCCCAAAGCAAGUGCCCUGCUGGGUCCAGGUAGCCCGAACAAUCCAAUCCCUGACCCCUUUGUUGAGCGCCGUGCGGACAGACCGGGCCAGGAAUAUCAUGAUAUCACAACGCCAGUUCAGAGCCCGACAAAGAUUGUAACUGCUCAACCACAAGCUGACUGCGACUCGCCCCCUUUGACGCCCCAGGACUGGAUUGCGGCCGCUAAGGAAGGCCCACGUUCGAGGAAAACUGCUGGUCUGCGGAUCGAAGCACAGCUGUCACAGCCUCGUCGGAAUGUACUAACCCAGGCCGCCUUCCACGACGACGAUAGCAUCGCGUCAUGGUCGACUGAGGCUGAGGUUCCUGGAGUGCCAACACUGGAUAUGGCAACUCUAGAUAUGCUCGAGCAGCCAAUUCCAGAACUUGCACCGGUACCUGAAGUACAGGAUGACGCCGGGCCCGACCAGCGCCGGCGUUUGAGCUUCCGACCACCUUUCUUCAGCCGCUCUAGUCAUAGCAGUCGGCGGCUGCACUCUUCACCGGUGCCUCAGGACUUUGACGACGAUGGCGACGGUGCCCCAUCACCUAUCAUCCCAAAGACUCGAAACGCAGCUCCACGUCGUCCGCUCUCACAGAUCAUCACAAACUCCAAUGAACUCUACUCAUCUAGCCUCCCAACGUCUCACUUCGAAUCCAAUUUGGACGGGUUCGAUGGCUCCCGGUCCCUCCAGCAACCGUUCCCAGAGGCCAGAGGGGAAAUCAGAGAGAUCGGCAUACCAACGCAUUCCGCAACCAUGGCCGUCCGCCCAACGACAUCGCAAAGCGGAGACCACAAGCGCCGCAGCUCGCUGGGUAUCUUCGGCUGGAUGAAAGGCGUCAGCGGAAAACGCUCCGAGCCCAACACUCCGGCCGUUUCUGACAAAUUCUCCGAAACGAUCCACCAAGAACUGCGAGCUCCGCGCCUCAAGCACGAGCAGAGCUUCUCCACCGUGCGUGCUCCGACCCCGGAUUCAAUGCACUCCCCUUCCCGGUCCCGACCUGAGACAUCCGGGCCCGCGGAUGAUCCUUCUCGACGCCCACGCUAUAUGGGCCGUCGUUCUCGCAGAUUGCAGUAG